GCACCGCCGUCCAGUCGACCUCCCGCCUCUUCCACGCCCGCGUCCGGCGGCGCGCAAACCCAGACCUCUUAUACUGCUACCCUCCCCCCGGUAAUAUCUAAUACCACUCCUACUACCGCACCAUUCACCGGAAACCUGACAGCCGCGGGAACAGCUGCGUCGUCGGUCAAGGGCGAGCCCGCUCUCGAAUACCCUACCGCUAUCGAUCCUACUUUAGACACCGUAUUGUCCACAACGAGAAGAUGAAAGUCUACGAGCUCGUGGGCAUGACGGGCACCGUGCCCCCGGUCCUCGACUCGCCCCUCACCGGCGACAAACUGGCCGACGUGAGGGAUCUAUACGAUCAGGUCUACGCCCCCGGCCUGGAGAAGUUUUUCGAGACGGAAUGGUACACUAAGCCUCAAGGCGUCGGCGCGCUGAUGUCCAGCACGGCCGUCAACGAGAUGCUGGCGGGGUUCUUGCAGUCCAUGGCCAAGACGGAUGCCAACGACGUCGCCGGGAUGCAAUAUUCGGCGAACCUCGAAUUCCGAGUGGUCUGGGAUCUGACCACGUUAGUAUACACGUCCGAGUACAAGAUCAAUAUCGGGGAACAUCUACCACCCCCCGACGACGGGUCCGAAGCGCGAAACCGAGUGGCAGUCUUCGAGGCCCUGCUGUCGGGCGAUCACCUCGACCAGAAUCCUCUUCAUCCGCCCCCCGCGAACGCCGAUAUACGACUUCACCGCGUUAGGGAGUUUAAGUUUUGGUAUUUCCUCGCCGAAUUCCUCCGCGUGAGAGAUCAGCCGGGCGUGGAUGCUACGCGCCAGCGCGACUAUAUCCUCGGGCAACUGCGCGAGCUCCUAGAUGGGCGUGAAAACCGCGACGUCCUCUACUCUCUCGCCGUCAUCCGGGCGCUCGCGCCAAACUUUCCCCCGGAUUUCGAAAGCACGCUGCCCCCGCAUCUCGACGAGACCGAUCCCAAGAGUAAGCUGGCCGUAGCUCGCAAGUUCGUCCAGGACGAAUCUCAAGUCACGGGGGGCACCACCAACGUAGUUCGCCGCUUCUCCGAACUUGCGGUUAGGGCUUUUAUCGCGCCCGGGAGCAAUAUCACGCGGAGAUAACUAACACUACGCGAUUCUCCAUACCAUUAUAACCAUGUAUUAAAGCAGC